AUGGCCCCUUCCGCAGGUUUGACCGGCUAUGAUCAGCUUGCUAACAAGAAGCAGCUGAUGAGCCACUUCAAGUCCUGGUCUGAGCCAGUCCUACGGCUACUCGAGAUGGCACCAGACGACGCCGUCAUGCUGUGGGAUCUUCUGGACAUGGAGCUGCUGCCGGACCUGAUCAGAGGCAAGGCCCUCCUCAUCGGGGACGCAGCGCACCCCUUCCUCCCACACAUGGGGCAAGGCGCAGCUCAGGCAAUAGAGGACGCCUGCGCCCUCGGUGCGAUUCUCCCCCUCGGCACUACACCCGAGAGGAUCCCCUCGCGGCUGGUGUUGUGGCAGCAGUGCAGGAAGGACAGGGCGGCCAAGAUCGUGCUGCAUACCAGGCAUAGGGCGCGCAAGGCAGACGGGAGCAACGGCCCACCCCAGACUCUCGAGGAGUUCAACGCAGCGAUGGCAUAUUGCAUCAACCACGACGCUUGGAAGCACGCCGAGGAUCAGCUGAAGGAAUGGAGUGAAGCCAGGACAUUAGCGACGGCGGCGUCCUAG